ACCGGCUGGAUCUGCCAGCUUGUCCAUCCACGACUGGGACAGUCCCACACCUCUCGUCUUGUCUGCACAGCUCGAAGGUCUCUGUCGGUUGGGAAAACACAGCACGACCUGGCUUGUCGGCUAUUAUUUUUUCCCCUCCUCUAUGUUUAGAUCACCAGUUUGAGCACUCGUCUCGUACACAUUUCACAUCCAUCCAUCUUCAUUCAUCCUCAGUCGCAGCAAAGUCACCGCACUCCAGGGCAGCGGUACUUUAACGGCGGAGCCCAAGAGGGGCGUUGAGAUUACAUCAUGUUGUAUCUCACUGCUGAUAAAUUCCCGGUCUUCGUGCCAUUCGGAAUCAUUGGAUUCUACCGAUACCUCUGGUAUCUCAUUCGACUAGUAGCCUAUGGAGUCUACCGGCCUAUUCCAUUACCUGAGAACCCGACAUACAUAGCGAGCGAAGAUGUGACCAUCAUUGUGCCGACCAUUGAUGCAGGAGAAGAAUUCAGAGAGGCGGCCUUCUCAUGGCUCGAAGGAGACCCGAAAGAGAUCAUUAUCGUCACUGAGGAGCGAAUGCGAGGUCCAUUACAAGAUCUGGCAGACUCGGUCGAUCCAUCUCGGAUCCGCGUUCUCACUGUUCCUUUCGCCAACAAACGAAUGCAAAUGUCCCAUGGAAUCCGACAUACGACAACGGACAUCAUUGUCUUUGCAGACGACGAUGCCAUCUGGCCUUCGACCCUCCUACCUUAUGUCUUGGCCUGCUUUGAAGAUCAACAGGUUGGUGGAGUAGGAACCUCUCAACGUGUCAAGCCUUGUGGUAAACGAAUGACCGUUUGGGAAGUUUUGGCGGCUUUCAGGUUGACCAUCCGUAAUAUCGAGAUCGCAUCGUCCACUCACAUCGACGGCGGUAUCCCGUGUCUCUCUGGACGAACAGCAGCUUACCGAACUGUCAUUUUGAAAGACCCCGACUUCUUGCACGGAUUCACCAAUGACCUCUGGUUGGGCAAAUACCAUCUCAAUUCUGGAGAUGACAAGUUCCUCACUCGCUGGAUGGUGUCUCAUGGAUGGAACACUUAUGUUCAAGUUUGCAAGGAGGCUGAGCUGUUGUCAACAAUGAAACCCAAUUGGCGAUUCCUCAAACAAGUCUUGCGAUGGACUCGAAAUACCUGGCGAUCAGACUUCCGUUCCAUCUUCAAGGAGCGAUACAUUUGGACCAAGCAUCCAUACGUCGCUUACAUGAUGCUGGACAAGUUUAUCAAUCCGUUCACCCUGUUGGUCGGCCCAGCCUUAGUGGCGUAUCUGAUAGUGAAGAGUACGAAGGAUGUAUUGGAUGGAGGAUAUCAUUUGCCCGCAUGGAACAUUGUUUGCUCCUACCUUGUCUGGCUGAUGUGUACGCGUACCUUCAAACUCCUCCCGCAUCUAUGGCAUAACCCAGCGCACAUCAUCUACGUGCCGAUCUGGAUCAUCUUCGGUUACUACUUUGCCAUAAUGAAGCUUUAUGCCGUACUGACCCUACACAAGACUGGAUGGGGAACGCGAUCGGGUAUCGGUGACCCUGCCACUGCUACCGCUGCUGUGUUGGAGAAGCAUGACCCGCCUCAACGUCGAAGCCCUCCGACACCGUAUGACGUCGAGAUGAAUUCGAGGAAGGGUUGAGAUGGGCACGGUGGAGGAGUAUGAGCGUGAUCAGCAUAGAUGGAUGGAUGGACGGAUGGACAAUAUGGUGUCACGACCACGGACAAAGUAGCAUAUUAUGAUUGUGUUUUUCAAUCUGU